UGUGACGUCGAAACUACGUCAUAGCGCUUGAAGAAAGCAGACUAGAAGAACCAAAACAAUGAGAUGUACAUGAUCUGACUGAACCGACGUGAUCUGCUGGCCGCUCCGCCUCUACAGUAAUGCGUUGUCAAUAAAAAUGGGAGGCAGCGGAUCCAAAACCAAAGGAGUCUGGCCUUUUAGCAGCUCAGGAGCUGCAGGAGAAGCUCCCGGUGAGGUCAACGAACAGUGUUUAGCACGUCUACGAGGCUCCAAGAACACAACACCGUUUGUCUUUACAAGGAGAAGUUCCUUGUAUUUCGAUGAAGAUGGAGAUCUGGCUCAUGAAUUUUAUGAGGAGACCGUGGUGACCAAGAACGGCAGAAAGAAAGCUAAACUGAAGAGAAUCCAGAAAAACCUUAUACCUCAGGGAGUCAUUCAGUUGGAUCACCCACGAAUCCACGCUGACUUCCCUGUCAUCCUGUGUGAAAUAUAAGCGCACAGACUCUGUGGGAAGUGUCAUGACUCUAGGAGCGUCACAAUCACUCAAGACUUCCUUCCACCUUCGGUGUUCUUCUGAAAGGAUGCUGUGGCUCUCUGUUACGACAGCGAGGGCAUUCUGCCCUUCACAUGGCUUUGACCAAAAACACGAAUCAUAUUUUCUGAUUUGUGUAUAGACAGCAGACAUACGAUGUCUUCUGUGAUGUACAGUAAGGAAUGCAUGUGCAGUGAGAGUGUGUAAGCAUGGAGCCUAAAGCAAUGCAGGGAUUGUACAUAAAUCACUCGUGUGUUUAAUGUCAUAUAUUCUGAUAUUCUGUUAUAUCAAAGUCUGACUCUGUUUUUUGGGUUGCAACCCAGAUCUGCACUUUUUUCUCAUUUAUUGUACAGUAAAUUAUGAAUUGAUAUACUUGAAUAAAAGGGUUUAGCAGAUUACAUUGUAGUAAUUAUGUAACUCAAUGUAAAUGUUUAUAAUAACAUGAAAUUACAGUCACAGUCCAUAAAGUGAAACAAAAUAUUCAGUGAGAAAAGACAGUGCUAAAAGGAAAUUGGAGACUGAGGAUGUUUAUUAAAUGAUUUACAAUUUGUCGGCACCAUAUCAGUUAUUAGUCGAUAUUAGAAUAAUUGAAUACAGCUGUAUAAGCUGAUAUUGGAUAUUUA